AUGACUGAGACACAUCCAAAUGAAUGUGAUUAUAUGAGACAGUGUAAACUUUAUGACACUUCAGCUCCUUAUUUACUUGAGGAUAUGUAUUCGUGUAACAAAAAGACAAUGACCUUCAAUUCCACUAUCGACUCAGAACGUCGUGUUGAAAUAUUGAAAACAAUUUUGAAACAAUGUGGAGAGAAUGUCACAUUUAUUCCACCAUUUUAUUGCGACUAUGGUAAAUACAUUGAAAUUGGAGAUUACACAACUGCAGGUCCAAAUUUCACAAUUCUCGAUGGAAAUAUAGUCACAAUUGGUAAACAUGUGAUAAUCGAAUCAAAUGUCACAAUUAUGGCGACUUCCCACCCAACAGAUCCAAUGAUUAGAAAAGCUUAUUAUCUUUAUUCGUUACCAAUUGUUGUUAAUGACAAUGUUCUUAUAGAAUCUAAUUCGGUCAUUUUGCCAGGUAUUGUUAUCGGAAAAAACUCAGUAAUAAAGGCAGGUAGUGUUGUGACAAAAAAUGUACCAGAAAAUACAAUCGUUGAAGGAAAUCCAGCAAUAGAAGUUGGUAAAAUACGAAUUGAAUAA